UGGACUUUCUGUGAUUUUAGUACGAAAAUAAAAUAUCGAGUGGUAACCCUGAUUGAUACGAUAUUUUAUGAUACGUGAUACGUGAUUCGUUCACCAUUUAGUUUCUUCAUACAUGUAUCCAGUUAUUCAGUUCUACAUAUAUUUUAUGUACGCGUUUACUUUGCGCCAUUUCUGUUAAGUGGUCAUUUCUUGUAGACACGGACGGUAAUUGCGUGAAAUAAAUAACCGGUAACCUGUUUAUAUGAAAAAAAUAUAUCUACCACUAGUGAAAAAAAUUAAAUAAAUACAGUUCAGUUAUGGCCGAUAACGAAGACUUGGGUUUAGGUGAGGAUCACUUAGAUUCCUUCGAUGAGACUAAUGGUAUGCACGACGACUCUUUAUUGAAUGAUACUGAUGGAGACGGAACUGCUGGAGAUGAUCCAGAAUUGGAAGCAAUCAAAGCCAGGGUUCGUGAAAUGGAGGAGGAAGCAGAAAAAUUGAAACAGUUACAGAGUGAAGUCGAUAAACAAAUGAACAUGGGCAGUCCCCCUGGUUUGACAAGUCCUCUCAAUAUGUCUCUCGAAGAAAAAAUGGAAGUAGAUAAUCGUAGUGUAUACAUUGGAAAUGUAGAUUACGGUGCUACUGCAGAAGAGCUGGAACAACAUUUCCAUGGUUGUGGCUCAAUCAAUCGUGUGACUAUUCUUUGCAAUAAAUAUGACGGACAUCCAAAAGGUUUUGCCUAUAUCGAAUUCGCAGAUAGAGAUUCUGUGCAAACUGCCAUGGCAAUGGAUGAAUCACUUUUUAGAGGAAGACAGAUAAAGGUUAUGCCAAAAAGGACGAAUCGUCCAGGAUUAUCAACAACAAACAGGCCUCCAAGAGGUCGAGGAAUCUUCCGUGGAUCAAGAGGAAUGGGUAGAGGAUUUUAUUCUGGAUAUAGACCAAUGCGCCGGCCAAGGGGAUACAGACGAGGAGGAUAUUAUGCACCAUAUUGAUGCAUUUGAAAAGUAAGGAACACAUUACAUUUUUUUACACAUCCCUUUAUUGUUUAUCGAGUCACUCAUUCAGUGUGAGAAAAAAAGAAAAAAAAGCAAGGAUAUGAAAAAAAAGGCGAAGACACUGAAAAAAAAGACGAGUUUCACGAAAAUUAUCAUUAAGUACAAACUAGUGCUUAUUUUAUGUUUUGUUUGACGUAUGAGAGAAAUUCAAAUAUGAAUCUUUAGUUUUUGAGAGAAUGUGUUUUGGGUGAGUGCUAUUACAUAAUUCGAUAUUUAACAUAAAGAUUGCAGGUACCUUCGGCCUACCAAGGUAGUAUGUUUUUUCAGAAGAUUAAGUAAUAUUGGAAAAAAUGUAAAAGAAGUAAUGUGAUGUAAAAAUUAUGAAUUAAAAAUUGGGCAAAAUGUA